AGUUUUCAGUUUUGUAUUCAUUAAGAUGAAAAUUGAGAAAAUUGAAAGAGAUACUUGUUCAUAUAAAAAUGUCUCAGAUAAGUUUUACUUUUCGAAGCAAAGAAAAUUUGAUUUGCAGUAUUUUCAACUUUAUACUGUUCGUCUAUCUGCUAUGAGGCAACGAAUUAUUGAUGUUGCUAAAAAAAAAUGGGGAAAAGAUAUUAAAAUAAUGGAGCUGUCAGAUAUAAAAGAAGGUGAAGAUUGUGUUGUAGUUGGUAUAUUAUUUCGCAAAAUGGAGCUUCAACCAAGUAUUCUUAAAGAAAUAGCACAAGAGGAGGGUGUUAUACCAUUGCCACCACAUGAAAAGUAUACUUCAACAGACGACAUACUUUAUUUAGAAGCUCAGCAGCAGCGUAUAGUAUUGAUAGGAGACAUUGAGGUUUCUAGCUCAAUCACAGGAAGUGUAGUUGCUGUAAGAGGACAUGAAGAUAGUUCUGGAAAGUUUGUUGUUGUGAAUUUUUCCUAUUGUGGUUUGCCUUAUUUACCCUGUCCUAAUAUUGAUGCCUGUUUAGUGAAAGAGGAUCGUUAUUUGCUGUUAACAUCAGGGUUAGGUAUUGGAGAUUUAUCUGAGAAUUGUUUGUUAUUACAAAUUGUUAUUGAUCUCGUUUCUGGAAAGCUUGGAAAUGAGCAUGAUCAAUCUAUUUUUAAAAAAGUUGUUCGAUUAAUCAUAGCUGGUAACAGCCUAAGUAAAACAACUCAGGAUAAAGAAUCAGAGAAAGUUGCAAAGUAUUUACAGAAGCGUAUUCAAGCAAAAAGUGUGGAGGCUGUGAAACAGCUUGAUGACAUAUUAAUGCAAUUAGGUUCAACGAUUCCAGUUGAUGUUAUGCCAGGUGAGUUUGAUCCCACAAAUCAAUUUCUACCGCAGCAGCCUUUGCAUAAGUGUAUGUUUCCGAAAUCAUAUGGCCACUCUACAGUUCAAAGUGUAACUAAUCCGUACCAAUUAAUGAUUGGAGGGUUAAGAGUGCUUGGUACUUCAGGUCAAAACAUAGAUAAUAUUUAUCAAUACUCUUGCUUCGAUAAUCGUCUCGAUAUUCUUGAAUCUACUCUACUCCGUGGUCAUAUAUCUCCUACUAGUCCAGACACAUUAAGCUGCUAUCCUUUCUAUACGGAAGACCCUUUUAUUAUUGACCAUUGCCCACACAUUUACUUUGUUGGUAAUCAACCAAAGUUCGAAACGAGGCUUAUUGAAGGUAAUGACAAGCAGAAGGUUUUACUGGUUUGCGUUCCACCUUUGGAGAAAACUUUUACAUUGGUUAUGGUAAAUUUACAAAAUUUGACAUGCUUUCCGUUAACGUUAAACGCAUCACUUGAAUCAAAUUUUUAAAUCUAAGUAAUUUUAAGGCUUAUCAUGUAUUUGCUUUGCAUGGAAUUCGCAUUAACCUACAAUUUUGCAAGUAUUCGAGUUUGUGGUAAUUGUUUUGGAUAAAGUUUAAAAAUUUCAAAAACGAUAACGUUUAUUUAUAUUUAUAUAUAAGAAUAUUGGAUAUUGUAGAUGUCUGAAAUAUGUUGAAAUAAUGUUGACGCUUGCAGAAAUUGUAGGCGUCUUAAA